AUACAAAAUUCUUAUCGUACGAUAAGAACUUUUUAUAUUAAUAUUGUUAUUAACAUAAAAUUGUUUACUUUUUGCGGAAAGCGACAAAAUAUAAACAAACUUUCCAUAGUAUCCUAAAGUUUCUAGAUGGAAAAACUUGGGAAAGAUUUUACGUGGACUACCCUUUAUCGUAAAACUAAAGUUGCAUGGAGUAUAUAACUUAUUGUUAAUUGAUAUUACGAAAUAUAAUUAUUCACAUAUAUGCAGGACAUUGUAAAACUUACCGCAGUGCGAAGUUUAGAUAAUUGGAAACUGUUUGUACCACUAGUGCAGUGGUUUCUACUAGAUUUUACAUUCUAUUUGUAAGAGUCAAUAAAAUCAAAAUUUUGUAUAGUCUUUAGUUGGAACCUUUAAUUAGAUUUUCAGAAUCAUUGUUAAUCGCAUUGAGUAAUAAUGGCACACAAUGAAAAUAAUAAACACGAAGGUUCGAUUGACGUCGAGGAGAAAAACGAAAAUGAUGAAAACGAAGAUUUGAUCAUAGAUCCUGAUAGUGAAGAGCUAGAUUUCCAUCAUUCAAGAAUAACGAAAUUAGAAAACUUAGAACCAUUGAGGAAAAUACGUAAAUUAUGUUUUACAUGGAACUUGAUCAAGAAAAUUGAGAAUCUUGAUACCCUUACAACUUUGGUUGAAUUAGAAUUAAGGGAUAAUCAGAUUGUUACCAUAGAAAAUUUAAAUGCCCUUGUAAAUUUGGAAGUUUUAGAUAUAUCUUUUAAUCGUAUUAAAAAGAUAGAAGGAUUAGAAAAUUUAAUGAAUCUGCAAAAGUUGAUCCUGUCGUCGAAUAAAAUUCAGUGCAUUGAAAAUAUAUCGCAUCUGAAGAAUCUUACAACUCUCGAGUUAGGUGACAAUAAAAUACGAGAGAUCGUCAAUCUUGAAGGUCUUGAGAAUCUAACAUAUCUGUUCCUUGGUAAAAAUAAAAUUACAAAGAUUGAAAACUUAGGAUGUUUACAAAAUCUCCAGUUAUUAAGUUUACAAAGUAAUCGCAUUACAAAAAUAGAAAAUUUAGAAGAAUUACAGAAACUGGAUCAGUUGUAUCUAUCUGAAAAUGGGAUAAUGAGCAUAGAAGGGCUAACAAACUGUCCAAGACUAACUACACUGGAUUUGGCUAACAACAAAAUCAAAAAAAUUCAAAAUAUUGAUCAUCUUGAGGAUUUAGAAGACUUUUGGAUAAAUAAUAACAUGAUUGAAGAUUGGGGAACUAUAGAAAAUUUAACAGCCAAUAAAAAAUUACAAACUGUUUACUUAGAACAUAAUCCUGUUGCCACAGAUCUAAAUUAUAGAACAAAAAUAAAAUUGUUGUUGCCAUGGCUUGUUCGAUUAGAUGCAACACUUUGCAGAUGAAUUAUACAAUACUCCAAAUUAGAU